GCAGAAAAUAAAGUCGCUUAGUAUUUAUUUCGCUGCUGAACUUUGACGAGUGAAUUUGUGUCGUUUUGCUGCUCGUGGAAAAGAAAGUCUCUUUGUGAUUUAGUGUUUAAUAAUUAGAAAAUAUACAAAAUAAAAAUGAUUACACGCAAAAAAAUUCUUGUUAUCUUAAUUUUGGCAUUGCUAAGUUUUGAGGAUGGAAUGUCAAUGGCAAUAAAUGAUGCACUUGAUUUUCAAGAUUGUGGUAGCAAAUAUGACAUUAUCUCGUUGGAUAUUGCCAAUUGUUAUAGUAUUCCAUGUGGUGUAACUCAAGGGAACCUAAUUGAGAUAACGUAUGAGCUAGAAAAAACACUUACAAGUGAUACAGAUUCUGUGACUUUUGAAGCUUAUUGGCUAGUUAGCGGCACACAGUACACAGCUUUCAUUCUGCCUGACAAUUGCAAUUUAGGAGACUGCUUGUCAAUAUCAGAUAAUCGAAUGCAAUUUACAGUUUUACUUUACGUGCCUGAAAUAAUGCCAUCGAUGUCAAGUGGCUCUUUAUAUUGGAGGACAAUGAAUGCACAGACAAGGGAGAUGAUAUCAUGUUCAAGAGUUCCAAUUUAUACUUUUUAAAUUAUAUUUACCAUAAUUGUUCGAAUUAUGUGGAUUGACUGUCAACAAAAUUACCUUCAAAAUUACUCUAAAAAAUCAUAUUUAUACUAUUUGAUUACGAUUCUGAUUGAUAUUUUAUGUUUUAUACCUCUAUGUUUAUUUUCGAGUGAUAUUUGAAUUCAAUAAAAAUAUUU